CCACGGCCCUCUAAGCUUCCUUCAGUCUCAUGGUGUGCAUAUUGUCAGGCUUCAGUGGUCCUGUUGGAGGACAUGUAAUCGCUUUGAAUUUGACAGUAAUCCGUGCCCUCAUUGCUGUAAGCCUCCGUGGUUGUCCUUCACAAGACACUUGUCGCAAUCCUCAGACGAGACUGACAAGUGCAUCUCUAUUAUUGGCCGUUUCGACGACUUCAUCCUCAGGAGUUAUCCUCGUCUCUCUGGUGCCUUUGGCAUUCAUUGGCUCUGAUAAGUCUCUAUCAUUAAUUGAGAUUGCAUAUCCUUCCAUGUUUUCUGAUCUCCGCUCUUAUCACUACGAGGCUUUCUCGACUCCCACAGGUCCGCCCUACCGUGAUCCUUAAACUCUGCUAUGUCUCUUGAUCGCAACUC